AUGCCACUAGAAGAAGAAGAACUGGACGAUAAUAGAUUCUACAGAUACAUGCGUUCCCACUUUAACCAAAUAUUUAUUCGCUCUUACGUCGUAUGCAUUCCUCAUUCACGCUCGUUGGAAGGCAUGGUUCUUACCAAAGACUUUAUCGAAACCCAUUGCUACAAUCCCUCUCCUUAUUAUCGAGGGCAAUAUCAAGCAGCCAAUGGAAAAGUCGUGGCUAUUGAAUAUCCCCUUAUUAGUACGGUUUCAGGGUUCAAAGAGGCACGAACAAUUCACAUCAUGGCAGAAGAAUGGGUUUACGUUUCCAGUAAAAAGAUCAGAGUAUUUAUGGUAGAGAGACCAUUAGAAGGUGAACUGCCGCAACAUUAUCAUAACGCCAAUAUCAUAUCCAUUCCAACUGUCCGAAACUCAAAAACCGAUCUCGAUUUCCUAAACAUGUUUCCCGAAAACGCAGAAGCUCUUGUCGAAUUACAAGCAACCGUGCAAGAAUUUGUAGAUACCUAUGUAUAUAUCCGCGGAUUUAAUACCUACACCGUCGAAAAAAUCCAAAAUAUCUAUGUCAAGGCAUACAAGACCAUACUACAAGAAAACAAGUUAUUGCGUGACGCUUGCCGGAUUCAAUCAGAGCAUGAUCAUUACUUGGAGCUCGUGGAAAAUGUUGUCAUGGGCUUCUUGCAUGAAAAGAUUUGGGUGCAAUCAUUGAAAACAAUUUUGCAAUCCCAAGAUAAUUAUUUGGAUUCCAUCUGUCGAGCUUAUGCAAAGGACACCAUCACCCUCAGCAGAUAUGCCGUAAGUCACCCCCUCGGAGACAUGCCACUCUCUUACUUUGAAGAUACCAUCGCCUGCUUGCGCCGUCAACAAUCUCAGCCAGCAUUUACUCCCUUGGAAAAGAUCAUUUGCAUUAAAACCACACUUGAUCUUAUUUCGGCGGCCGUGGACAAAUUUCUGCAAGAUGUUACAAUGGGAUCUUCGCAUCAUGGUAGGUUCAAAAUGCCGUUUUUUUGCAAGUGA